AUGGGUUCAGAUUUUCGGCACGGGUUUCCGGCCAUAGAGUUGUCAAUGACUUCUCUGGCAGUGGACAGAGGAACUGAUGAGUGGAACAGUUUUUUGUGCAAGAGGGUUAGAGAGGCUUGUGAAAAUUAUGGAUGUUUUGAAAUAGUGUAUGAUAAGAUACCUCUGCAGUUAAGAGCAGAGGCCUUCUCACUGAUAAGGCAACUUUUCAGCCUUCCACUGGAAACAAAGAAGAAGAAUGUUAAUCCAAAGCCUUUCCAUGGUUACUGUGGAGAGUAUCCACAUGUUCCCUUGUAUGAGAGCCUUGGCCUUGAAGAUGCCUCCAACUUUGAAGCUGUUAGAGAAUUCACAGAACUACUCUGGCCUAAUGGCCAUGACCAUUUUUGCAACGCUAUACUUACUAUGAUGAGGCAGCUGGAUGAGCUGAAGGACGUGAUUGAAAUGAUGAUUCUUGAUAGUUAUGGUUUGGGAGAGAAAUCAGAUUCGAUCGUACCGUGCAAGAUGCUGCUACGAGUAAUGAAGUACAGUGCACCUCCAUCAGGGGAGGAGGUAGGGCUCACUGCUCACACUGACAAACUGUUGAGCGCCAUCCUUUGUGAGGAUCAAGUUUCAGGGAUUGAAUUUGAAACCAAGGAUGGACAAUGGGUCAAAUUGUCUCUUUCUCCUAGCUCCUUUCUCUUUAUUGUUGGAGAUCCUCUUAUGGCAUGGAGUAAUGGAAGAAUGCAUCCUGUGAAGCAUCGAGUGAUGAUGCGCGGAGAGAAAGAACGAAUUUCGUUAGGAAUAUUUCCAGUUCCAACAGAGGGUACCAUCAUCAAGCCACCAAACGAGCUAAGAGAUGAAGAACAUCCCCAAAUAAUUAAAGAGUUUGACUUUACGGAAUUUUUUAGGUUCUUUUCUUCAGAGGAAGGAGUGGCCAUUGACUCAGCAAAGCAAGUUUUUGCAUUUGCUGGAAUUAGCACUUGA